GAGCCGGGUGGCUGCGGGCGGGGCGUCGCACCUCUCUUCAACGCACCUGUCCUCAACCAUGAGCCCCAGGGGCACGGGCUGCUCCGCCGGGCUGCUGCUGACGGUCGGUUGGCUGCUCCUGGCGGUCCUCCCGUCUGCGCGCGGGACCAACGUCACUGCCGCCGUCCAGGAUGCCGGCCUGGCCCACGAAGGCGAGGGCGAGGAGGAGACCGAAAACAAUGACAGCGAGACCGCGGAGAACUACGCCCCGCCUGAAACCGAGGACGUUUCAAAUACGAAUGUAGUCAAAGAAGUAGAAUUCGGAAUGUGCACCGUUACAUGUGGUAUUGGUGUUAGAGAAGUUAUAUUAACAAAUGGAUGCCCUACUGGUGAAUCCAAGUGUGUCGUACGGGUAGAAGAAUGCCGUGGACCAAUAGAUUGUGGCUGGGGUAAACCAAUUUCAGAAAGUCUUGAAAGUGUUAGACUGGCAUGUAUUCAUACAUCUCCCAUAAAUCGUUUCAAAUAUAUAUGGAAACUUCUAAGGCCAGACCAACAAUCCAUUGUGCUUGUAAAUGAUUCAGCAAUCCUAGAAGUACGCAGGGAAAAUCACCCCUUGGCUUUCGAGUGUGACACACUGGAUAAUAAUGAAAUAGUAGCAACUAUUAAAUUCACAAUCUAUACUAGCAGUGAAUUGCAAAUGAGAAGAUCAGGCCUACCAGUCACUGAUGUAGCCCUAAUUUUUGUGCUGACCGUAGGAGUCAUUAUCUGUGUAUUUAUAAUCUUCUUAUUGAUCUUCAUAAUCGUAAACUGGGCAGCAGUCAAGGCUUUCUGGGGGGCAAAAGCCUCUACACCUGAGGUACAAUCAGAGCAGAGUUCUGCGAGAUACAAAGAUUCAACUUCUCUUGACCAAUUACCAACAGAAAUGGCUGGUGAAGAUGAUGCUUUAAGUGAAUGGAAUGAAUGAUGUAUGAAUGAUAUAUAACAAAUCAAAGGAUAUUACAGAAUAUUAGAUUCAUUAUUAUAAAAAUAAAAUAUACAUUGAAAUACUUUAAUAAUGUUGCAAUGGAUUGCCACAGUGUGAAGGAAAUGCAAUGUGAGGAUACGACUGUUUUAUCAGUGCUUUUUUCCAGUACAGUUAUCAAAUACUACUUUUAAUUUGUUCUCAACACUUAUUUCAGGUAAUAGCUUGGGGAUAUUUAUCUAAAGGUACCCCCAACAAAUCUUCUAAGUGCAUUUUUGAUCACUUUGAUAACUUCUUAGGUGAUUUGCCUGUUUUGUCCUAAAUAAGAACAAUGUAAUAUAGAAAUGCUCUACACAUUAGACUUCCUCUCCCCUGAAAGCACUGUGUUGAACUUGCUAAAGCAAAUCACACUUUAGAAUUUCUGCAGGGAAUGUGACAUACAAAGUUUGUAAGACAUGAAAUAAUAAGAUAAUGAUAACAAUAAAUACUUAGUGACUACUA